AUGGAAAGUCAACAACAACAGCAGCCCAAAAAGCGACGUGUUGUCACGGCCUGUGCCGAAUGCCAUCGUCGCAAACAAAAGUGCGACCGCAAGAAGCCGUGCAAUGUCUGCUUAGCGCGCGAGGUUCCAGACAAGUGCUUUUAUGGAGAGGUCGCCCAGGAUGUUGGUGCGCCGCUCCCAAGAAGCACCGGAAAUCAGGACAAGCAAGGCUAUUCCGCCCUAGAGGGGGCGACAGCUUUCGGCGACUUGAAGAAGAUCUUGGAAGGAGACAACUUUUUCCGCGUGGCUACAUCGAACAACAAUCGGACACAGUAUGCUGAUGAGGCUGAGACCAAAUACCUUGCAUUCAUCAAAAAUCUGCCCACCAAGGCCAUCGUCGAAGAGCUCACCGAAGUGUAUUUCGUUGAGAGCAAUUGGUCCUAUCCCAUUGCCGAACGCCCCUUCUUCAACGAGCUAUUUACGAGCUGGUUCGCCCUGAAUUCUACGACCACCCGAUACACCGGCCCAAAGGGCGUGUCUCGCGACAUCCAGUAUUUCGGCGCUCUUUUGUUCCAAGUCUGCGCAAUGGCUCUGCAACUCAUCCCACCAAAUGCGCCCUGCCUCAAAGAACUCUCUGUAGCGAACGCGACAGAAUGUGACCGGCUUUCUCAGAAAUUCAGCGACAUCGCUAUGGAGAUCAUGAAUCUUCUGGGACGUCAUGAUCCCACUCUUAGUGCAGUGCAGACCGACUUUCUCAGAGCUGUGUGGCUGAAAAACUCCUCGCGUGGAACUGAAGCAUGGCAUGCUCUGAAUGACGCAAUCAUACAAGCUCAGGAGAUCGGUCUGCAUCGCCAGGCCGAAAUUCAACAAUCCACAUGUCUGGAAGAAACCCUGAAACAACUCUGGUACGACGAGCAUAAGAGACGGAUCUGGAUCGUCCUAUUCUCUUGGAACAGUUUCAUGGCUUGGGUUUUGGGUCGCCCGCGGCAGAUCAACAUCAGCGACUGCGACAUUAGAACCCCGAUGGAUUGCAACAUUCCCAAUGACCCGUCAAGUAAAGUCCCACUGGCAACCCCACCGUCUGGCGAUGACGAUAUGCCAUCUCUUUUCUCCAGCACUAUCGUCCAGUAUGAACUCUCAAAGAAAGUCCACGAGAUGCGAGAAAUGAUGGCAGACAAGCCCUAUACGAGAGACUACGGCAUCGUUUGGAACUUUCACAAACAGAUCCUAUCAAUAAUGGCCAGUGCUCCACCUCUCGUCAGACCGGAAAACCCAGACACAUCCUUCGACCAGAAGUACCCGGUUCUACCCACAAAAAGGUGGCAGAUCAUUAGCGUGGCGCACAACAUGAUCAUGGUUCUCCAUCGAUCCCAUAUGGCAAUUCAUGUUGAAAGUCGACGAGCUGCCGUGCAAGCAGCACUCAACGUCCUGAACGCGCAGGAGCGCUACUUUUCUAUAAGCAAACCUCAUCACUACAAGCUGUUUGGACUCACUUUUUACACAAUCGACUCCUGUAUCAUGCUUUCGGCGAUCAUAGUCAUGUAUCCUCCUGCGGAUGAUGAGGUAAAGAAGCGGAUAAACGAAGCAUUGCAAAAAGCCCUCAGCAGACUCAACAUCAUGGCAAAGAGCAAUCCUACAGCGAAUUCAGGACUACAGGUAGUUCGCACCUGCUACGAGAAAGUUAAAGAGAUCCUGAAAAUCGGCGGAACAAAGUCUACCGGAUCGGGUGAUUCAGGCGAAUCAUGGUGGUCCGGCGAUACGCUUGCCGAAUCUUCCUCGUCCCAGCUCCCGAGAAACCUUGCGGAUGGGACUGUGCCGGAAUUUGCACCUGGACUGAACGAUACUCUGGCGCCUCUGGAUGAGAACCUCCCAUCUAUGGCCUUUUGGGACAAUGCCAAUACGUUCGACUCAACUUACUGGCUCAACAACAUGAAUCAGAUCCCGGAUCUUGCGCCAGAUCACGACCCUGAUAAUGCGAGUACUUGGGACUCGCUGCUGCUCUAG